CACUUCAGUCAAUCGGUCUUCUGGACUUCAAUCCAUUAUGAAUGAUCCUGUAUACCAAGCUACUCUCAAUGUAGAGAAAUACACACUGCCGUUGAUAUGCGUGUUCGGAUUGCUGGGAAACACAUUGUCUUCAAUAACUUUUCUUAAACUUCCAUUAAGAAGAGCACCCUGUUCAUUGUAUCUAGCAGUAAGAGGAUUCAGUGACAAUGGAUUUUUGUUAAGCCUGCUACUCCCGUGGAUUUCAAGUACCUUUGAUUUACAUCUAAGCCAAGUGAAAGGUGUCUGCCAGAUAAUAAUAUUCAUGUCGUACGUAUGUGGAUGUGUUUCGGUUUGGUUGUGUGUCUUUAUAACAUUUGAAAACUUUCUGCUCAUUCACAAUCCAUUCGCAGCCAGAAAGGUGUGUUGCGAUUACAUUUCAAAAAUCAGUACAGGGCUCUUAGUGUUUUUUGCACUGGCACUAUAUAGUACUUCCCUUUGGAUAAUGAAUAGGGAUUGUUCGCCGAAUCGGCACUUAACGGAACUGACACAGAUUCUUGUGUAUACCGACAGCUUAAUAACACUUGUGAUUCCAACCGUUGUUAUUUUUGUUCUUAUGGCUGUGAUUGCGUACAAGGUGUUACACAUUCUACAAAUAAGGAAAAUACAUUCCAAAUUGUCCGAAGUGAUUAUCAGAGACAACCCGUCAGCCACCGUGCAUAAAAGAAUAUUGCCUAUCGCCAAAGUGACGAAAAUGUUAUUUGUGGUUUCCUUUGUGUUUUUUGCAUUAAAUGUCCCAAGUCAUGUGAUACGUUUACGGAUUUUAAUCGGAACAUUCACUAAAGGUCAUUCUACGACUUCGGUCACAUUGGCAACGAUACAGUCUGCAUUCCAAAUUCUAUUUUACUUAAGUUUUUCUAUCAACAUCAUAGUCUACGCAACCUUCGGAUUAAAUUUCAGAACGGUUUUCAAGAAGACGUUUUGUGGUUAUGUUUCGCCGACGAUUUCAAGUCAAGUUCAAACGGAGGCGAUAAAUUUGGUCCAAACACGCCGACGUUCGAUGACUGAAAAUAACAUUUGUCCAGCGGCAAGACUGAUCGUUCCAGAAUUUGAUCGACAAUGUCACAGCAACUAA